AUGGAUUAUACCCUGUGUCGAAGGUUUAAUACAUUGAGAAACUAUUUACCCGAUGACUUAAGCAAACAUGCAACUAAUGAUAUUCAUAAAUUAGGGAACAUUAAGAAAUAUUGCUCUAAUGGAGAAUCAGAUGGAACAGGAUGUAAGAAUGAUCUCGAUAAGAUAAAUGGUGCUUGUCUAUGGUUGUUUGAUCAAUUGCUUUUGAAAAAUAAAAAUAGUAUCAACAUGGCUGAAUACAUUAUUAUAUGGUUAAUUUAUAUGCUAAAUCAAAAGAAGUAUGAAGGGAUCAACGAUUUUAAUGACUUUUAUACUAAAUAUAUACAGAAUAAUAGAUAUUAUAUUAAGUGUGAUAAUGAUGGUGCAGAUUGUGGUAAUUCAUUAAAAAUAAUAACAGAAUAUACAAAUUAUAAGGAAAUCAUAGAUAUAAAAAAGGAAUUGUUGAAUAUUAAUUUUGAGUAUCUGUCUAAAUUUUAUGAUGCAUUUAAAUCAUUAUGUAACAUGUAUACUGAACUUCAUGCAGGAGAGUCAAAAUGUGAGAAAUGUUUAGAAAAUGCUAAAGAAUUUGUUAAAACAUAUGAUGAACUUAACAAACAUCCUAAUAUUACUAAAGAUAGUCCCUAUUAUCAAGUAUUGUCUACAUUAUCAAAUGAUUAUCAUAAUUUUAAAAAUUAUUGUGAUGAUAAUGGUGUUGAUUGUAGCGAUAUUCAACCCCUUUCACCGAUAAAAGUAAAAGAAAAUAGUGUACAAAGUUCUGCACAUCAUCAUGUACACAAUUCUGGAGUUACAUCAUCAAGUUCGUCGAUAACAAACAAAUUAAUUCCAGUUUUAUCGAUAAUUGUUGCAAUACCAAUAUUCUUGGGAAUUUUUUAUAAGUAUUCGUUAUUUGGAUUUCGGAAACGGUCUCAAAAACAACAUUUAAGAGAAAAGCUAACAAAAUAA